GUGAAAGAAGAUGAUUUAGAAUCAUACUUUGCACACUUUGGCCGUGUGACAUGUGUGAACAUCAUGUAUGACAAGAACAGCGGCCGCCAUCGUGGAUUUGCCUUUGUUGAUUUCAAUGAUUAUGAUCCUGUUGACAAAGUUUUAUUAACACGCAAUCAUUCAAUCAAAGGCCGACCAAUUGAUGUCAAAAAGGCAAUUAGCAAAUCAGAUAUUAGCAAGAUAAAGACUCUAAUGUCAGGAGUGGUGAGUGGACCCGAAGCAUCUUUUCUGGCAAGUUUAGGAGGCUCAGGUUCCAAUGCUGGCACUCCCCCUGCUACAACUCCUCUGCCACCUCCAAUUGGCACAUUGCCUGCCCUCCCAGGACCCUCAGGGGCCACAGCAAUAAAUGGGGCAGCAAUGGGACGUGCCUCAGGACAAAGUCUAGCUCCAGCCAUAAAUAAUGCUGUGACCACCACAGCAGCUCAUGCCACUGUACCUAAUACAGGGAUGGUCCCCCCUGUUGCACCUCUGACUCAUCCGUUCUUCCCUCGACUCCCCUUGGCCGGGCUCCCAGGGUUCUCGGCUCAGUUGCGGUCAGGCUGGCAGUACAGUGUCUCUGGCAAUGCAGAAGUAUUAAGAAAUACUGCAGGUGCUGCAAGCAACAGACCUUCAGGAGCUCCACCUCUAGCCACAGCAGCUCCUGUGGCAGGCACUGGACCCUCUGUACUCACAGGAGGAGAGAGUGAUGCAGAAUCUGAAGGGUCAGCUGAAGAUCAGGUAAUGGACACAGAAGACGGGGGAAGUGAGGCCUGGGGGGGAGCAGGGGUGGAGGACACGUGUCCAGCAGGCGCCCGGCUCCUCAUCAUCGAGCCCUUCUACGGGGGCUCUCACAAACAGCUUAUCUCUUUACUUAGAAAUGAUGAAUCAGUGAUUGGAAAUGAGGAAGCAGCAUUGUUCACCUUGCCUAGCAAAAAAUGGCACUGGAGAGCUCGCACGGCUGCCUUGUACUUUUAUCAGAAAAUUCCACAGACACAUGACUUUAAGACUCUUUUUGCAUCCUCUACAUUGAAUUUAUGUGAACUGAUUGGCUUGAGACCUGACUUAGGAAGAUUAAGGAAAAUUCUCUAUUUCCAUGAAAAUCAGUUAGUAUAUCCAGUCAGAAAACAGAAGGACCGAGAUUUUCAGUAUGGAUACAACCAGAUUUUGUCAUGCUUAAUUGCCGAUGUUAUUGUGUUCAACUCUCAGUACAAUCUUGAGUCUUUCCUGCGUGAAAUUCCACGCCACCUGAAGUUGCAGCCAGACCACCGUCCUGAUUCCCACGCCAUCACUCAGCUCAUCAGAGACAAGAGCCAGGUGGCGUAUUUCCCAGUUAAUAUUGCUCACAAAACACGAUGUCCUAAAGAUGCCUUGGAGCCUUUACAUAUCAUCUGGCCCCAUCGAUGGGAACAUGAUAAGGACCCAGAUACUAUGUUCCAAGUUCUGUACCAGCUAGUCGAAGCGGGACUUAACUUCCGGCUCUCGGUGCUGGGCCAGUCGUACUCAGAUAAUCCUCCAAUAUUUGCAGAAGCACGGCAGCGUCUUGCAAACUACAUUACACAUUGGGGUUAUGCUGAAAACAAAGAAAAGUACUGGGAAGUCUUACACUCUGGUGAUGUUGUGGUCUCAACUGCACACCAUGAAUUCUUUGGUGUAGCAAUGCUAGAAGCUGUUGGAGCUGGUUGCUUCCCACUGUGCCCCAAUAGAUUAGUUUAUCCUGAAAUUUUCCCACAGGAAUGCUUGUAUAACACCACUCAGCAACUGCAGAAGAGUCUGGCCCAGUGGUGUUCUCGGCCACAACUUGUACGCUCGAAGAAGGUCAACUUGGACCUGAAUACCUUCUCUUGGGCGACCUUGAAGCAGCAGUACAUUGAUCUCCUUGCAUGAAAGGAUGUAUGAAGGUUGUAUUAGACAAGGAUGGCUCUGAAAUUAGAAACAGCAGAUGAAACUGAUCGUUGAUCAUUUAUUGAUAUUAUGUGAUUAUUAUUUUUCUUAGUAUUAUUAUCAAUCAAUA